AUUGAAAUCACGUCUUUUUGUCCUCUUUCAGCACCCAUGGGGGUUCUUAACUGUUCCACAUGUGCAGCACAAACUGAAGCAGCGUGUACCGCGCUUCAGACGACAAGAGAAUGUUUCAUGGACCAAUUGUGUCUUACAUUGGAAACUUUUACAACAACAAAUCAAACCAGUUUCAUCAAAGAUUGUUUUCCGUCUAUGACUUGUUCUGUUCCUUCCGUACUUUGUGAUAUGUUAAACCAAACUUCCAACGGAACAAUUCUCUCCUGUAAUCCAGAGUGUUGUAACACCAGUUUGUGCAAUGCUGGAGUCUCACCAGUGAUCCCAACCUCUGGAGCCCCAUCAACUGCU